GCAGUUUGUACGCGGAAUGAAAAGUACCACAUUUUACGAUCACGAAACACGUAAAGAGCACCACAUCUCGGACAAGAUGGCGGCGGAUGACGAGCUCAAUAACGAGGUGUUGAACCUGCUAGAAGCUCCCUACAAAAAGGAGACGAUACUAAUGUCAGGUUCCGGUAUGAGUUUGGUACAGAGAGUGUGUGUAUUCAGCUUCCAAGACAAAGGCUGAUCUCUGUAAAGGCUGCUCUGUGCCUGCUGGUUGGAAUAAAAGUAGGCAAAAAAUAUACUAAAAGCUAUAUUUAUUGAUCAGUCACAAUUGACACAUCAAGAAACAGCAAGGGCGCGCAUUAAUAUUCCCGUCCUUUCGAAAAGGAUUAUCUUCUGCCCUGAUGAGAUAGACAGCACACGAAGGAAACCUAAAUUCAAGAUAAAGUACGCAGAAAGGCUAAUCAUAUAUGCAAGCGAACAAAUAUGUGCAACGAAUCGAGGAUCGAAAAAUCGAGAAUCGAGAAAACAUGAAUUUCUCUCACUACGAUCCACUAUUCAUGCCGUUAUUGUUUAGCUUCGAUUUUUCCUACCUCCUCCUUUUCCUUUUGCUUUUCGAAACCAGUUGACACAAACUGGAGUUUCAUGGAAUUUGCUCGUAUUGUUCUAGAUAUUAUUGAUAUAAGUACACGGCGCAUAAAACUUUAAACAAGAGAGAAUAUAGGAAGGAAUGUUAAGCCACCAUCGCAGAAUAUGAUCGAUACCGAUGAGGCAAGCUUCAUUGAAAUUGUUUAAUCGCGUUUCCUUACCUCGUAUACGUUUCGACAUAGAAGACAUGAUCUUUUCCUGCUAGGACGUACUGGGAUUGUUGGCACAAAGGGGAUUUUUUCCCGUUAACGCUCCUGUAAUGGGUAGAUAAAUAAUUUGUUAUUUAAUCAAAACAUCGGCAGCUUACGCACAGUCACGUACCUUACUAGCUUAUUUAUUUUUAGUUGGUCAUUGGCUCGUACCAUUUCCUUACGUACAUUUCCUGGGUAGUUCUACAGAAAAAGGAUACCUUAGUUAUGACGUCUAGAAACUAACAAAGAGGACCUUUACUGCCAUUGCCGUGCAAUGAAAAUUUGGAUCCUGAAUUCGUGAUAAACGCGCGCGUGCCUUAGUAUUUGCUCAUUCUAGGUUAAUCGGCAGUUUGGCAGAAUUUAAUCGUCUGGAACCACGGGUGUAAGGAGCAACGAUAAAUAGGGAACCAAAGCUUCGAUGUUGCGUCCGUUGCUCUCUUUACAGGUGUCCUAUCUGUAACGCGAAAGGCUACCAGGAUUCCCGAGUAAGCCCAGGGUGCAGCCGUUGGUGUCCGUUGGGAGCGACUGGCUGAGGCUUCCCUCUCUCUCUCUCUCUCCACCUAAUACGAAUCUAUAGAUUAUUUUUAGGUUCGCGAUUGUUUCAAUGGUCGGGUAGCCCUGGGCAUGUGUGGUUCCUUAUUAUCGUGAAAAUUCUUUCGGCUCAUUUGGAAUACCUAAAGGCAAAGGAAGAUGAGUACUUCCUCAUCCCUACCCACCACCCAUCGGUGUGAAGCUGCGUUCGUCAUCGUAGGAUGACGACGAUAACAACGAUAACUGCGACGACGAUACUACUGUGUUUGAUCUAUGACAACUUUGAACAGAUUCUUUACAGAUCGAUCAAUUGAUGAUGCCGUAACCAGCUGAUGUGUUUAAAUGCAAAUUGGCCGGCUUUAUGCGUGAUGCCAUUCGCUACGGUGACAUAUGGUCUCAUAUGCGUAUGUGCCCGUCAUUGGUAAUUCUGGUAGACGCAACUGGAUUAUAUGCAUUACGUACAACCCCAAGAAGCAAGCUCUAGAUACGUGCUUUGAUGGUUCUUUGCUUCGCUACGCGAGCAAUCGCUAAAGGCAUUGUUUUUCCUUUUGCAGAUGUAUUGCUCUUGAGUGCGUGGAUAACUUCCGUGGAUGGCCUAUAGCAUAGCAUUGUGCAUUUCGCCAGGACACGUCACGUCUGAAAGUAAACUGUACAUACAUAUAUAGGUCCCGUUAACCUGUUGCUAAUAAUGAUGAAAUUGCAACGAAUUUUCAAAGAAUCAAUUCUCAAACGUAAGUUUGUGUGUCCCCCAUAACAGAAUACAAUGUGUUGUUAUUGCAGAACUCAACCUUCACUCAAAACCAUUCUACCUGCCCGUUGUGCAGAACCAGGUCUGCUGAAGACGAAAAGAUCGAUUGAACGUGUACCAGAACCCCGGUAUAUUAGAGAAUGACAGAGGAGGCUUGAUCGAAAUCGAUGUAACGGUGCAAUCAAACACAAGCCUAUAUGUUUUGUUUUUUCUGCGUAGGUGAAUCGAACAGCGCGGCAGCGAGCCCCGUCUCGUCAUGUGGUGUGGACGUGAAUCGACUGACUUGCUAGCUGAAAUAAGGUUCCAUCUAUUGUCUUCCAUCUUGAAUCUGUUUUCUCUUAUAUUUGCAUAUUACUUCUGCCGUGUGCGCGUGUGUGGAUUUGAGUGCGUUCUCGCGCGCGCACGCAUGGGACGGAUGGCAUUACUGUGUCUUUGCCGCAUCUCUGAGACCAUUCCCUGCAUUCCACGAGGGAGUGCACGAAUCCGGUGCAAAUUCAAGCGUAUUAAAUUAAUCCAUUGUUUCGUUGUUUUCUCUUCUCUUUCCCUUUCUUUUUUUAUUUUUAUCUUUUUUUCUUUCUCUUACAUUUCAUCACUAUCAUUCUACGUUUCUUUAAUGUGUGUCUCAUGAACAACGCGAUCGUCUAUUGUUGCUGAAAAUUAAACAUCAAAAAACAACUAAAUCCUCUACCGUUCAAUGCAAAUCCCGUAUGCACCAUUUUCAUUUUCUCGAAUACGACCUUAUCUUCUCGGAUGAUGCAUCACCCGUAGCAAACGGUUCCACUAAUGGUGAGAAGAAGCUAAAGGAAAAUGGCCACAGUAAAUCGUCUCGCCACCGCAGCCGGUCACGUGACCGCGACAGAGAACGCGAGCGGGACCGUGAGCGUGAACAACCACGCGAGCGUGAAGGAGAAGGACGUUCGAAAAAGCAUCGUUCGGGAUCACCUGGUCGAAGCCGGGACAAGGAGCGGCGUCGCAGCAAGGAACGAAGCAAAUCUCGUUCGCCAGCGCGUCGCGAUCGUUCUAAAGAUCGCUCCAAGGAGAAAGAACGCGUAAAAACCGAUCAUCAUCGCCGGGAAGUGGUGGAAAAACGUCGUUCUCGUGAUCGUGACCAUCGUCGUCGUUCACGCGAACGGGACUACCGUCGUCGCAGCCGUUCGAGGGACGGUGUCCGUGGACGGGGAGGUCGCCGCUCUAUGUCACCGAAACCCUACCGUGGCCGCGGACGAGGCGGUUCCAAUGGUUACUAUCGUGACCGUUCCCCACUGGAAGAAAUGACCCAGGAGGAUCGGGAUGCGCGUACCGUGUUCUGCAUGCAGCUGUCCCAGCGCAUACAUGCUCGCGAUUUGGAAGAGUUCUUCUCAAGCGUAGGCAAAGUGCGGGACGUACGGUUAAUCACGUGCAACAAAACGAAGCGAUUCAAGGGUAUCGCUUACAUUGAGUUCAAAGAUCCCGAAUCGGUCGCACUGGCACUCGGGCUUUCCGGCCAGAAGCUGCUCGGCAUACCGAUCAGUGUGCAACAUACGCAGGCAGAAAAGAACCGAAUGGCCAGCCAACCGCCAGCGGCACCGCCGAAAAAUCCUUCCGGGCCAAUGCGAUUGUACGUUGGUUCACUCCAUUUCAACAUCACAGAAGAUAUGUUAAAUGGCAUCUUUGAACCAUUCGGCAAAAUUGAUAACAUUCAACUGAUCAUGGAUGCAGAUACUGGACGCUCGAAAGGCUACGGGUUUAUUACGUUCCAUAAUGCCGAUGAUGCGAAAAAAGCACUGGAACAACUGAACGGCUUCGAACUAGCCGGUCGCCCGAUGAAAGUAGGAAAUGUAACAGAACGAUUGGAUGUCACCACGCACGCCUCGUUAGACACGGACGAAAUGGACCGCAGUGGCAUUGAGCUCGGCGCAACAGGACGAUUGCAGCUCAUGUUCAAGCUAGCCGAAGGUGCCGGGCUUGCCGUACCGCGUGCUGCGGCCGAUGCACUGCUGGCAACUGCACCACAGCCCGUACCGCAGCAACCGAUCCAUCAGUCACCACCGAUCGCUACUCAGUGCUUUCUGCUGUCGAACAUGUUUGAUCCAGCUUCGGAAACAAACCCUAACUGGGAUCUGGAAAUACAGGACGACGUGAUAGAGGAGUGCAACAAGCACGGUGGUGUGCAGCAUGUGUACGUCGACAAGCAAUCGCCUUCGGGUAACGUGUACGUCAAAUGUCCCAGCAUUGCUACGGCCGUACUCGCAGUGAACGCACUGCACGGACGAUGGUUUGCGGGUCGUGUCAUUGGAGCCGCAUACGUGCCACUGAUCAACUACUAUAACCUGUUCCCGGACGCAUCACAAGCCGUUUCGUUGCUGCAGCCCAAACGUUCUGGUUAAAGCAAAGAACGCUUGGCGGCACAUUCAGGCAAACGCUACUAGUAGUACAAGUGUAGUAUUUCUCCUAAUACCACAGUCUCCAAAUAAGUUCAACAUUUACGGUAAAAUUUUAAGACAACAAAGGUAAGAGAGAAGACUACCGGAACACGUCCAGGAAUGGCAACGGAAGGGUAGUAGGGUAAUGGUAGAUUAAAUACACGGGAUAGAGACAGGAUAAAUAAUAAGUAAACAUGAGCAAUUUGUAGCUUCUGUUUUCCCGACAGAUAUGUGAUAUUAACGAAUGUCCCAUCACACAAACAAAGCGCGCAAGCAGUAAUGCGAAGAUCUCGUGUUCUGUGUAGGGUGUUUGAGAAAGAGUAGAAACGGUUGAAAAAAAAAACAAAAGGUUUUGGGAUGAAGAUAGUAGCAGGCAGAGUUAAGUUCUUUUAAAAUAUCUGAAUGGUUUGAUGAACAAUUUGGUGUAGCGUGUAGCUUAUCAAGAAUGCAUCAGUAAUAGGUUUCUGGUUCCCACUAAUAUGUUUCCCCGCCAAUUUUUGUUCGAGCAUAACAUUCUGAUUUGGUUUUACAAUCUCUGUCGGGUACAAUGCAUUCAAACGACUGGUUAAUUAUGUUUAAAAUUACCCCCUGGAGUCCGAAGUCCUGGGAACGAUCUUUAGCAAAAACAAUCUUUUGAAUUUUUGUGUAUGUUUCGUGCUUAAAAUCACUACUGGUGGGUAAAACUAAUCAAUGUGCUUGUGUUUUAAAAGUUCGUAGAGCAGAAACUAAACCUCUUUUAUAGCAAUAGAAAGGAAAACCAAAUGUGGGAAUUUAAUAGAAAUGUGGUCAUUUAAAAUAUCGUAAAAAUUAAUAGUUAAGGUUUUUAUGGUUACUGUACUCCACACUGUUGGGUAUCAAAAUAAUUAAGUGCGCUGUAUUUAGACAAAAUAUGAAAGACAAAUGAAACAUGUGCA